ACACAAAUAAUAAUGAUAGUAAUACGAAUAUCCCUUUUUAGGACAUUUUAGUAAUACUAAAAUAAGCAGUCAAAUUGCAACUAUACACAGCCAUUAAAAUGUUUUUCCUUUUAAAAUAUAUAUUGUGAACUUUAAUGUGUCGUCGUGUGUUUUUUUGUCGGUUAAUAUUCUAUUUUCCUUUUUUUCUUUUCUUGUGUUCAACAAAUUGUGCAACGUUCCGGUGUGUUAUUCUAACCCCAAGGCGGCUACUGUCGUGUGUUUACUGAUGUUGUUGUCAGCUCACAGCUGGCUCAACGGCUGAAAGGGAGUGACUCUGGGUUGAUUUCUCAUGCGGAAGUCGACCUCUGCUGGGCUCAAUGUGCUAUUACAUUACUAACGAGGUUCUGGACCUAGAGUUUAUAAAUUGAAGCGUCAGAGGUAAUUUAAAUAAGUGCCCUGAAGAUAUUUGUGUGUGAGGUGGUAAGAAGUGACAGCAGAGUUGCUGCUUGCUGUCAGUGUCAGUUGAUGAGUGGAGGCUUAAAGAAGUUGACUUUUCUGUUAAAGUUGAAGCGACGGAAAUAUUUGAAGUGUGCACUGAUAUAACGAUAAAGACGAAUAAAGAUAUACCAGUGUACAAGAAUAUGAGUGCGCAUCACCAAUUGAACACAAAAGUUCAACAGUGAACUUCAGUGCCAAUAAUCCCGAAAGAAUGAUUCACAUUCCUAUAAAAUGACAUUGUUUUGGCUGGAAUCGAAUGUUUGAUAUGUGGGAAGGUAACAGAGAGAGAGGGGGGGCUUUCAUUCCUACUCCUACCUCGUCACCUCCUCAUAUGUCAAACACCUGAGUGGUCUCAUUUGUCCGUCGAUGUGAGAGAACCGGUCGAGCAAGUUGAUGUGAGAGGACCUGAGGUGGGGAUACAGUAAGUAGGUGAGUUCUGCAGCACGUUAGGAGAAACAGAAAGAGGGGAUGAGAGUGUAUGAUUCUGUGAAAAGACUUCGAGGCUUCCCAUUUUCACAUCAAAGGCAGUGAAGAAGCCGAUUUCACACGGAGAAUGAGCUUUGAAAAAAUUCCCUAAUUAGAAAGUAUAGUAAAAUAUAGCACUCGCAUGAGAAUAUAACUGAGACAGCAGUCAACGUGGUAUGCAGUGUGUGUUUUUUUUUGUGCCACAAGGAAAAAUGUGAAAUGACUGAGCAUUUAUUUUGCUCUUAUCACACGGUUUCAUCGCGCAACGCAGGUGUGUCAGAGGAGGGGUGGGAGGGUCUCUGGCAGCCCCACAGACACUGAGCUCAGUUUGAAGAAUCUCCAACUUCACAGAGACAUCAUGCGUCCUCUGCUUCCUUUCCUCUGCCUGCUCUCGGUCUGGACCAGAGGAGCAGGGGCGUCGGACCCAGACUUGCCCUUCAUGGAGUACCUGGAUCCGAAUCAUCUGGUGUGCCUGAAGUGGGGCUUCGAUGACCUGAAAGGAAACAUCACAUUCAAGCUGGUCGUGAACACAACAGGCUGGGUGGGCAUUGGCUUCAGUGAGGACGGAGGAAUGACAGGGGCAGACAUCGUCAUGGGGGGAGUUGGACCCAGUGGACACUACUUCUCAGAUUACCACGCCACAGGGAAAUUCAUGCCUGUGGUGGACGAGCGGCAGAGCUACACUCUCCUCUCUCUGAUUGAGAGUGAAGGUCAAACCAUCAUGACCUUUCAGAGGCCCAUUCUGACGUGUGAUGACAAAGAUUACCAAAUCUCUACUCAAGCCGUUAAAAUGAUCUAUGCCUACGGAUUAACAGAUGUGAUCUCUUACCACCGGGCUCGGAGAGGCGCCAAGGAAGUCAAUCUGCUGAACUAUAUGCCCAGGACAACCGUAACCAACCUCAACUAUCUCAGCGCCACAAUGGAUAAUAUCACUAUCCCUCACAAUACCUACUACCAUUGCAAGGUCAUGAAGUUAAAAAACUUGGAUCUAAAAAACCCAUAUCAUAUAUAUCAGAUUGAACCCGUGGUUGAGCACCCUGACAUUGUGCACCACAUGCUGUUGUACCGCUGCCCCUCCUUUGUGAAGGAACCGUACGACAAGCCCUGCUACAUAGGCCACGCGGGGGAUGCCUGCUUCAAGGUGGUGGCUGCGUGGGCAGUGGGAGGAGGGGUAUUUGAGCUUCCGGAAGAUAUGGGUAUUCCUGUUGGAGGUGCGGACAGCGAUACUUUCUAUAGGCUGGAAAUCCACUACAACAAUCCAAACAAUGAAGGAGGUAGGACCGACAGCUCAGGGCUGAGGCUUCACUAUACAGUCCAACCCAGGAAGUAUGAUGUGGGCAUCCUGACCACAGGUGUGCUACCACAUGCUUACCUGGACUACAACAUUCCUCCGAAAGCCACUCAAUUCCACACCUACGGCGUGUGUAAUACAACUCUCUUUUCUCAGUUUAUGAAUCCUGUGCCUGAACUGCAAGUGUUUGCUGUGUUGCUCCACACUCACUUGGCUGGGAGGAAAGUCAGAGUGGGCCAUUACAGAAAUGGAGAGCUGAUCGACUUCUUAGCCUUGAAUGACAAAUACAACUUUGAGCUACAGCAGACCGUUAGUUUGGGAAACAUCAAGACCAUCAAGCAGGGUGAUGAGAUUGCGGUGGAGUGCACCUACAAUACUACCAAUCGCACCAAAGUCACCAGGAUGGGGUUAGCAACUACUGAUGAGAUGUGCCUGGCCUUCCUAUACUACUACCCUGCAAUCAAGAUCACCGCCUGUGUCAGCCACCCGAAUACAAGCAUGUCUGAGGACGCCACAACUUCAGGCCAGGAUGCGAUUGCUGCGCAGGAGAGCUUCCUAAAGACCCUUCCACAAAUUCAGUUUGUCUCUGAUGACGAUCACAACUUCUCAAACCAAGAAGGCGUGGUCAGAGAGAUGAUGGAGACACCGACUGUAACUUGUCACGAAACCAAUGCGGCGAGCAGAAUCUACACUUCCUGGAUUAUGAAUUUAGCAGGAAACAUACUUCCCUUUCUCUGGAUUGCAAUAAUGUAACAUGGUUUCACAACAACAUAUCCAAACCAUUGCAAUUUUGAUAAAGGAAGGCACAGUCUAUAUUGUAGCUAACUGGAUUUAUUCAGCUGGACAAGUCAACAGUGUAGGCUAUACCAUGUUCUAUGUUUUGGUUUUCUCCGUUCAUUGCAUAUAUCUUUUUCUCUUCGGUAUUGAUUAUUAAUCAUCUCGUAUGUGUGUAUAUGGAUAAUUGAUGAUCUGUACAUGCAUGGAAUUAUAUAAAAGAGCCAAUCAUUUGCAACGUU